GCUCAAUUGUUAACGCACGGCGACGGACGACAAUCAAUUACAAUAGGCCACCAGAGUUUAGUCAGGUGACCUAAUAAAUGUACUAGUAUUGAAAUAUUAUCAGUAACACUUUAAAAUGUAGGACAGGAGUUGAUUUCAAUAUUCCUUGGAUACAGCCGCUCUACCAGCAUGUACAGGUUCGUCUUCUUGUUACCAGAGAUCUAAACAAUAAAUAAUACAAAUAUUCAAUACUCUACUGCAGUAGAUAAUUCAGUAUUCUGUUUGCAAAUAUUUGAGUAUAAUUUCUAUUUUUUUUUUUUUUUAGUUUUAAACGAGCUUCUUUGUCAAUUCAUGCCGCAUAAUAGUGUUUUUAACAAGUCCUCUCUCUCUGUGAUGCUGUUCCGGGGACAUUGAUUUGGAAUUUAAUUGCUUUACGUCUAUUCCUUUUAAUGUAUCCUAUUAUGUUUAGGCAUGAAAAAAAAACAGGUUUGAAAAAAAAUGACAAAACCCCACUUCAGUAUCCAUUUAGCCUGUAGAAUGCGAAUUCCCACGCGCAUAAAGUGCAUGUUGCCCAUGGAGGAAAUAAACAAAUCUCAACUGGUUUACAAUAUCUAAGGGGUUACGUAAAUACACUAUGAACAUUGAAUGUCCUUUCUAUGAUGGAACAUAUGUAUCGCGUUCUAUCCUCAUAUAUUUAAGUAACCCAUGAGACUGUUUGAAGUUGAUUCUGUGUUUAACGCCAAGUCUACAAUUCAAAAUGUUCCAGUUAGAGCAGAAAAAAAUAAACAAUAGUUUGAAAAAACGAGUAAUCAAUUAGGCAUCAAAGUAAUUCAAAGUUAAACUGUUCAGCAGAUGGAAAUUCUGACGUGUUUCAUACCAAUUGCUAGGUCGUUCUUUUGACUAAGGAUUUCUCCGUUUACCUUAUCAAAAUAUAGGGUUCAUGGCGGCUGUGCCCGGUCAAUAGGGUAAUACUCUCUCCUUCUUAAUACCUGGUCCCUUCAUUGGAUACUCUUAAUUUGGUAUUCAUGGUUAGAUUGAUCACUGUUCGUUAUCGUAACUUUUCAUUCAUGACAUCGAUCGCUGGUGGGUCACAGGAACGGAUCCAGGAAUUGCGGUUACGGGGGCGCCUUUUUAUGAGACAGGGAGUCUGGGGGCCGACUUGAGACUCACAGCGGGUCCAGGACGAAACCCUCUUGGGGGCAUAGGUGGCGAAGCACCCGGAAGCUCCUGGAUUUUACAUAUGUUAUAGGGCAUGAAAUAUGUCUCCUAUUUAAAUCAUUUGUACUAUUUUCUAUCAUCUUUGAUAAGGUGAAAUUAGUAAAAUGACGCAAAUUGUAAGAGUUUUUGGAAAAGGGGAAGUUCUCCCAAUAAAGUAAUAUUUUGUCAUUUAAUACUCCGGGAGUGGAAGAAAUUAUUGCUUCUUUUAUCGUUUAGUACAUUUAUCUAAACAAGAUACCACGAUUUACCUUUUUGAAAAAUUUAGGAGGGGGGCGGCGGCUGCACCCCCUCCCUAUUAAAUCCGACGCUGGGUAGUUAUCUCCAUUUUUCAUUCACCAGAAUAAUUUCAUAUAUAACCGCAUCUUGUAUACAAAUUCCUGUAUUUUGGCGACAAAAAAUUAAAUGUAAAAAAUCUACACGUAAAUAAGGAUUUAUUUAUGUUUAUUUUAGAAAAUGCGAUUUCACCGAAGAUGACGAUAAACGUAUAAUCUAUUGAGGAUAGCCUGAGGUUAUGAAAUCUUUAAAAUUGAUAUUUUAAAUCGAAUGUGCUGACAUUUUAAUCACAAAGUCCGCUCUACAAAGCUGGAGUACUAAUAAUAUGUGUUAGUAAACCUUUGCAUUAUUGAGAUGAAAAGUGAUAGCUUAAUUCUCUCUUCUGAUUGGAAGACAAUGAUUACUGUUACAAGCUGUACCUAUAUAACGCACACUCCCAAUGGAGACUUAAUUAUUAGAUGAUCCGAGAUCGCCGUUGCGUACUACACACAUAUGGAAGGGUUUCAGAGUAUUUCUGUACUCAACUUUUUCUUCCGGCUUUUUCUGAUAUUUGCUAUUCAGAUGUGUACUUUAUCGAGAGCUCUGAUAAUUUCUAAACAUUUCACGGCUGACCGGAAACUGGACAACAGAGUGUCCAGCGUCAGCCCGAUGGCAGAGGGCGCUGCUAGAUCGCCCACCGAGUGUUCCUUUAGGUGUGGUGAUGGUUGCAGUUGUUUUGGCUUCAACUCCAAAGUGGAAAUGUGUCGUAUCCAUACGUCAUGUGACCCGGCAAUCAUUACUGUCGAAGAACCCGGAUGGAUGUACUAUAUGUAUACAGAUCUAGCACCAACUCGACCGAUGGACUGCAAAGAUGUCUACGAUAGCGGGGAGAGAACAACCGGUGUAUAUGCUAUUUAUCCUUGGGGUGAUUCGGACCCCAACUAUCCCUCUGUGGAUGUGUACUGUGAUAUGAUGACGUCAGGAGGAGGUUGGACUGCGAUCCAACGAAGGUUAAACAGAAAUGUGGAUUUUAACCGAGUUUGGACAGACUAUAAGACGGGGUUCGGAAUCCCAGAUGACGCAUAUUGGAUCGGAAAUGACGCAUUGCAUCAACUCACAAAGGGGAGGAACUCGUCUCUCUACAUUUCUAUUAAAUUAAAAGAUGACACAGUGCGUUAUGAACUGUAUGGCCAAUUCAGCGUUUCUAACGAGACGGACAAAUACCGUCUGUUCCUGGGAGGACCGGUGACAGGCACACUAGGGGACAGUAUGCUGGAUACAGCGUACACUGGUUUUGCUAACCGCGAUCUUUCCGGGGUACAGUUCAGCACGUACGACCAGGACAACGACCUGAAGACUUCCGGUAACUGCGCUGCUAGUUACAAAGGAGGAUGGUGGUUUAACUGGUGUUACAUCGCCUUCUUGAACGGUCCCUGGUCACCCGGAUUUUGGCCGUGGCCAUGGUAUCCAACGUAUGCUUCCGCUUCAAAUUUCAAGGAAACGAAGAUGAUGAUAAAAGCUUAUUAAGAAUGUUAAAGGCUUAUAUAUCUUUAUAUAACGAAACAUCUAUUUUGUUAUGAAACACACUCGUUUCCACAUUGCAUUGUGCAUGGACAAACAAGAAUACAAUUUAUCCAAA